CGUGUAGACUUAUCAAUUGUGCUAAUAUUAUAUGCAAAUUAUGUUCUUGCCAGUCGACUUUAACUCAGAAAACAAUUGUCCCGAAGCCAAACCUAGUUGACGAACCCUGUUUAAUAGUAUUCCAUGGCCUUUACUGGCCAACUGCUGUUAUGGUUAUGAUAUACUAUGGUGUUGUGUCACUAGACUUUGACCAGAUAUUAUUGCAUCCAAAGAUCAACUGAACCUAGAACAUAGAUACAGAGACACUUGUCAUCAGGAGGUGCUCCCUCAGCGCAAUGGAAAAUAUCUCAAUGACUUGACAUGUUCUGGUUGUGAAUUCAGGCUACAAGGGGUCAGUGCUCUAAAAUGAGUCUCUCUGGGGAGAGAGAGGAGGGGGGCCCUGCCUCUAAAAUGAGUCUCACUGGGGAGAGAGAGGAGGGGGGCCCUGCCUCUAAAAUGAGUCUCUCUGGGGAGAGAGAGGAGGGGGGCCCUGCCUCUAAAAUGAGUCUCUCUGGGGAGAGAGAGGAGGGGGCCCCUGCCUCUAAAAUGCAUCUCUCUGGGGGACAUGACACCAAAGCUAAGAGUCCAAUCCAGCAGGAGAGACCAGCCUCCCCUGUUCCCAGCUGUGUGUCCAUAAAGAGUGACAAGUCUAUGGAUCCUCCUCUAUACUUUAGAGAGGGAGACUUUUCUACUGAACAAAGACCAAUCAAGCAGGAGAGACCAUCCUCCCCUGUACCCAGCUGUGUGUCCAUGAAGAGUGACCGGUCUUUGCGUCUACCUAUAGACUUUUCUACUGAACAAAGAUACCAACAGGAGAGAUCAGAGUCAGAGAUUCUCAGUGGUCAGUCUUCCCGGAGUCAUCAAACCGACCUGGGCUCCAUAUUCAGUUUGCUUGAAGAGAACAUUGUGACAUUUGUGAAGAACGAGCUGAAGAGGUUCAAGAGGAUUCUUAGUCCAGAACUCCCAGAAGGCUUUGAGAGUCAGAAGCAGGAUAAGGAAGUGGUGGAUGCUGAAGAUGAGAAGCAGGAGAGCAGUGCCAGAGAGGGGGCUCUGAAGAUCACACUGCACAUCCUGAGGAAAAUGAACCAGAAGGAGCUUGCUGACACACUGGAGAAAUAUGAUCUUGCUGUGAUUUGCCAACGUGAACUCAAAUCUAAUCUCAAGAAGAAGUUUCAAUGUGUAUUUGAGGUCGCUAAACAAGGAAACCCAACACUUCUCAAUAAGAUCUACACAGAGCUCUACAUCACAGAGGGUGGAACAGGAGAGGUCAAUAAUGAACAUGAGCUGAGACAGAUUGAGACAACAACCAGGAAACAAGCAAGACCAGAGACUCCAAUCAAAUGUAACGACAUCUUCAAACCCUUAACUGGACAAGACAAACCUAUCAGAACUGUGCUGACAAAGGGAGUCGCUGGCAUUGGAAAAACAGUCUCUGUGCAGAAGUUCAUUCUGGACUGGGCUGAAGGAAAAGCAAAUCAGGAUGUCCAAUUUGUAUUUUCAUUCCCUUUUCGGGAGCUGAAUUUGAUGAAAGAGGACAAACACACUUUCAUUGAACUUCUCAAACACUUCUCAAUGGAAACCAAACAAUCAGGAAUCUCCAACUACGACAAGUACAAAGUUCUGUUCAUCUUUGAUGGUCUGGAUGAGUGCCGACUGCCCCUAGACUUCCAGAAGAAUAAGAUCUGUUGGGACGUCACACAGUCAACCUCAGUGGAUGUUCUGUUGACAAAUCUCAUCAAGGGAAAUCUGCUUCCCUCUGCUCUCCUCUGGAUAACUACCCGACCUGCAGCAGCCAAUAAGAUCCCUUCAGGGUGUGUUGACCAGGUGACAGAGGUACGAGGGUUCAAUGACCCACAGAAGGAGGAGUACUUCAGGAAGAGAUUCAGUGAUGAGGACCUGGCCAGCAGAAUCAUCUCACACAUAAAGACAUCAAGGAGCCUCCACAUCAUGUGCCACAUUCCAGUCUUCUGUUGGAUUUCUGCAACAGUCCUUGAACACAUGCUGAAACAUAAGAGAGAAGAGAUGCCCAAGACUCUGACUGAGAUGUACACACACCUUGUGGUGUUUCAUACCAAACAGAAGAAUGAAAAGUAUCUUGGGAAAGAAGAGACAGAUCCACACUGGAAUAAAGAGAGCAUUCUGUCACUGGGAAAACUGGCUUUUCAACAGCUUGUGAAGGGCAAUCUGAUUUUCUAUGAAGAAGACCUGAAAGAGGCUGGCAUUGAUGUCAAUGAAGCCUCAGUGUACUCAGGAUUGUGCACACAGCUCUUUAAAGAGGAAUGUGGGCUGUACCAGGACAAGGUGUACUGCUUUGUUCAUCUGAGCAUUCAGGAGUUUCUGGCUGCUGUAUAUGUGUUCCUCUCAUUCAUCAACAACAAUGAGAAUCUAAUGGACAAACUGCAAACAACGUCCAGGAACCUUUCUUUGAGGAUCAAACAAAGGCGUAAAGUUGCUUUCUACAAGAGUGCUGUGGAUAAAGCCUUACAAAGUGAGACGGGAAACCUGGACCUUUUCCUCCGCUUCCUUCUGGGCCUCUCACUGGAGUCCAAUCAGAAGCACUUACGAGGUCUACUGACAAAGACAAGAAGCAGCUCACAGAGCCAUGAAGAAACAGUCAAGUACAUCAAGGAGAAGAUCAGGGAGAAUCCCUCUCCAGAGAGGAGCAUCAAUCUGUUCCACUGUCUGAAUGAACUGAAUGACCAUUCUCUAGUGGAGGAGAUCCAAAGCUACCUGAGAUCAGGAAGUCUCUCAAAACCCAACCUGUCACCUGCACAGUGGUCAGCUCUGGUCUUUGUGUUGCUGACUUCAGAAAAGGAGCUGGAUGUGUUUGACCUGAAGAAAUACUCCAGAUCAGAGGAAGGUCUUCUGAGGCUGCUGCCAGUGGUCAAAGCCUCCAGAGCUGCUCUGCUGUCAGACUGUGGAGUCACAGAGGAAGGCUGUGCUUCUCUGGUCUCAGCUCUGAGGUCAAACCCCUCACACCUGAGAGAGCUGGAUCUGAGUAACAAUGACCUGAAGGAUUCAGGAGUGGAGCUGCUCUCUGCUGGACUGGGGAAUCCCCACUGUAAACUGGAGACUCUGAGGCUGUCAGGCUGUCUAGUCACAGAGGAAGGCUGUGCUUCUCUGGUCUCAGCUCUGGAGUCAAACCCCUCACACUUGAGAGAGCUGGACCUGAGAAACAAUGACCUGAAGGAUUCAGGAGUGAAGCUGCUCUCUGCUGGACUGGAGAAUCCCCACUGUAAACUGGAGACUCUGAGGCUGUCAGGCUGUCUAGUCACAGAGGAAGGCUGUGCUUCUCUGGUCUCAGCUCUGAGGUCAAACCCCUCACACCUGAGAGAGCUGGAUCUGAGUAACAAUGACCUGAAGGAUUCAGGAGUGAAGCUGCUCUCUGCUGGACUGGAGAAUCCCCACUGUAAACUGGAGACUCUGAGGCUGUCAGGCUGUCUAGUCACAGAGGAAGGCUGUGCUUCUCUGGCCUCAGUUCUCAGUUCAAACCCCUCACACCUGAGAGAGCUGGAUCUGAGUAUCAAUGACCUGAAGGAUUCAGGAGUGGAGCUGCUCUCUGCUGGACUGGGGAAUCCCCACUGUAAACUGGAGACUCUGAGGCUGUCAGGCUGUCUAGUCACAGAGGAAGGCUGUGCUUCUCUGGUCUCAGCUCUGAGGUCAAACCCCUCACACCUGAGAGAGCUGGACCUGAGUAACAAUCACCCAGGAGACUCAGGAGUCAGACUGCUCUCUGCUGGACUGGAGGAUCCACACUGCAGACUGGAGAAACUCAAUGUGGAACAUGGUGGAGAGUACACAAUGAAACCUGGACUUAGAAAAUAUGUCUGUGAUCUCACACUGGACCUAAACACAGUAAACAGACUCCUCUCUCUGUCUGAGGAGAACAAAAAGGUGACAUGGAGGACAGAGGAGCAGCCGUAUCCUGAUCACCCAGAGAGAUUUGAGGGCUGUAGACAGGUGCUGUGUAGAGAGGGUCUGACUGGGCGCUGUUACUGGGAGGUAGAGUGGAGUGGGGGGGCUGUUAUUGGAGUGACAUAUAAAGGAAUCAGCAGGAGAGGAAGGGGUUAUGACUGUUGUCUUGGAUACAAUGACAAGUCCUGGAGUCUGUUCUGCUAUGACAACAGUUACUCUGCCUGUCACAAUAAUAAUCCCACUACCAUAGACGUCCCCCCCUCCAGCUCCCACAGAGUAGGAGUGUAUCUGGACUGGCCAGCCGGCACUCUGUCCUUCUAUAGAGCCUCCUCUGACACACUGACCCACCUGAUCACAUUCACCUCCACAUUCACUGAGCCCCUCUAUCCAGGGUUUGGGGUUUGUUGGGAAGGUGACUCAGUGUCCCUGAAAUAAUUACACACACACACAUUGAACAUACAAACACACACUGGACCGACACACACACUGGACUCACAAAAAUACACACACACCCUGGACACACACACACACACACACACUGAACACACACACACACACACUGGACUCACGAACACACACACACAUACUGGACAAAAACACACACACACACACUGGACUCACGAACACACACACACAUACUGGACAAAAACACACACACACACACUGGACUCACGAACACACACACACAUACUGGACAAAAACACACACACACACACUGGACUCACACACACACACACACACACACACUGGACUCACACACACCCUGAACACACACUGGACUCACACACACACACACACACACUGGACCGACACACACACCCUGAACACACACACAUAAACACACACUGGAAACACACACACACUGGACGCACACUCACAUUGCACACACACACUGGACAAACACACACACUGGGCAAAGACACACACACACACAGGCUGGACAAACACACACACACACACACACUGGACAAACACACACACACACACAAUUGGACACACACACACACUGAACACACACACUGAACACACACUGGACUCACACACACACACUGGACUCACACAUACACACACACACACACACACACUGGACUCACACACACACUGCACUCACACACACACACUGGACUCACACACACGCACACACACACACACACUGGACUCACUCACACACACACACACCCUGAACACACACUGGACUCACUCACACACACACACACACACUGGGCAAAGACACACACACACACACACACACACACACACACACUGGACCGACACACACACCCUGAACACACACACACACUGGAAACACACACACACUGGACGCACAAUCACAUUUCACACACACACACUGGACAAACACACACACACUGAACACACACACACUGAACACACACUGGACAGACACACACACACACACACACACACACACUGGACAAACACACACACACACACACACACACACACACACACACA